GUGCUCUAUGGUAGAAGAAGUACUUCCUGCCCUUUAGUGAGGGAGCGCUUGAGCUUCGCCGAAGAGCCAUGUCGGACUCGGAGGAAUAUUCGUCGGAGGAGGAUGAAGAUUACCUACCCUCAGGUGAAGAGUACAGUGAAGAUGAUGUAAAUGAAUUGGUUAAGGAAGAGGAUGAGGAGGAGAAGCCAUCACACAGGGAAAAAUGCAAGAAGAAUUCCAAGGAGAUCACAUGUCGGAAAAGGAACAAAGGAUGUGGCCUCUUCUUAGAACCAGGUGGAGGAGAGGCAUCAAAGGAUGAUGAAAGCGACAGUGAGGAUGGCGAGUCGGCAGAAAGCAAUCCACACAUGAAAGAAAGUGAUAAAAGACAAAAAGAGGAUGCUUUGUGGGCCAGUUUCCUCAGUGAUGUGGGCCAGAAACCAAAAGCACCUCCUGCAGUUCAGGCGUCUGGCUGCACACAGAAAGACAAGCCAGCUGAAGAGAAGAAUUCAUGCAAACCUCAGGAGGUGGUAGAGAGAUCUGAGAAGAGCAAAGUUGCCAUCACCAAAGUCUUUGACUUUGCAGGUGAAGAGGUGAGUUUGUGCCUGAAGCGGCUUCCAAUCUGCAAAAGCCAAACAAAGGAAAAACUGAUUAGUCUGAUCUCUCCCUCCCUGUGUUUUCUGCCCAAAAUGGCUGCCCAUGACCAGCAAAACACAAACAAGGUCACAAAGGAAGUCGAUGCUACGUCUGAAGAAGCCCGAUUCUUUCUGAAGCAGCAAGAGCAGAAGACUGUCGUCCCAGCAUCCUUGCCUACUGUUUCUGGAGUGAAGCGGCCGAGUGGCAUGAACAGCCUCCUGGGGAAGAUAGGCACCAAAAAGCAGAAGCUCAGCACCCUGGAGAAAUCCAAGCUAGACUGGGAGACCUUCAAAGAAGAGGAGGGCAUCGGGGAGGAGCUGGCCAUCCACAACCGAGGGAAAGAUGGGUAUUUGGAGAGGAAAGCGUUUCUGGAGAGGGUUGACCACCGGCAGUUUGAGCAUGAGCGGGACAUACGCCUGAGCAACAUGAAACCUUGAGACUGCUGCGGAGCCCAGUCCGAAUCAUGCCUCUGAUCUGGCUAGCCUCAGAAGGCAGCAACUCAUAGAGUUAUGACCUAUAUGGAUUUUCUUUUUCACCACACUAGUGAAUAGGUGAAUGGAGGUCGCUGUGGCAGGUGAUUUGCCUGCCAAAGGGCUGCUGUGUGCAGGAGACACCAGAGUGGUUCUGCUGGGCGCUUGUCAGCGACUGCGGUGGAGGUUUUCCAGAUCUCCCUGCUCCUGGUGGAGGUUUUCCAGAUCUCCCUGCUCCUGGUGGUUAGGAGGGGCAAAGCAAACUUUAUGCUGUGGCAGUAGCCUGCUCAUGCCUGCUGCCUGGGCACCACUUCCCUGGGGCAUCAGCUCCAUCCGUCUCCCAAGGGCUGCAGACUCACACAGCUCCUCCGUGCAGCUGGAGGGCUUUUCUUCCCAAGGACACAAUGCACUCAAGCAUUGUGUCUGCAUUAGGCCCAUUGACCCACUUUCUGAAGACACUUCCUCUUCUCCCUGUGGGAUCUCCGCUCUCGUUUUUUCGUAAACCCUUUCACCAGGAUUUUUUUUAAAAAAGCAAGUCCUCUGUCAUGCUCUGCAUGAACAUCGGAGGAACAGCAGCGUGCAUGUGAGGAAAGUCGGCAUCCCUUUGUUCCUUUGAAUAAAGUGUUAAAACUUUA